AUGCAUGUCGUGUACAUCACUGCCACCUUUCCUUAUAUGGUUCUCAUUAUAUUCUUCUUCCGCGGCAUUACUCUCGAUGGUAUGGAAGACGGCGUUAAACAUCUUUUCACACCCGAUUGGUCGAAACUGUCGGACCCAGUGGUGUGGUUAGAGGCCGGAACUCAAAUAUUCUUUUCAUUGGGACUCGGAUUUGGAGGUUUGAUAGCAUUUGCAUCUUAUAAUCCGGUCCACAAUGACUGCUAUCGGGACGCGAUAUUCGUUGCGCUCACCAAUUGUGGCACUUCUAUGUUCGCUGGCAUUGUUGUCUUCUCAGUUAUG